UUAACUUCUUAUCUACUGUCAUUUUGUCUGUGUAUUUAGACACCAUUAAAAGAUCUGAAUUCAAAAUUUGGUUUUGAUCUACGACGUCAGAUGUUACAUAAAUUAGCUAAUAAAGAUUCAGAAUUGUGGCCAAAUGACGCAGAAAAAUGUGAAACUAUUUAUCAAAAAUACAAACAAUAUCAAAUACCAAAAGAAGAAAUUGAUUGGAUAGGUUUAUUACCCGAUGAAGCUGUUGAUAAAUUAGAAGCAAUGGAGACCGAUCAAUUAGAAAAAUCGAUUCGACCGUGGAAAGAGAGCUUACGAGAAAAUCUAGUUAAAACAUUAGCUCAGAGAGUAAAAGAUGGACAACCGAUUGAUAUUAAAUUAGUUGAACAAAAACCGUAA